AUGGAAUGUGGCUUGGACGUUGGUGAUACUCGAAAACUCUACAACUUGAUACGUAAGGUUACUGAUAAGCUCACUUCACCGAGUGACUCAAUUCGUGGCGUGAAUGGCGGCCUUAUUUUUUACAAUCCAACCAAGGUCGAGCGAUGGCGUGAGCACUUCGACCAUAUCCUCAAUUUCGAUACCCAACCCAACACCUCCCUGCUCCCAUCAACGGCGGAGUCUUUCCCCUCUUACCUAUCCAGUGUCAUGCGACCGGUCUUCUGA